CUUGCAUUUACAUUUUUGUACCAGUUUCCCGCCUCGUCUCUCUCCUCCAAAUCAUAACGGCUACGCCUACCAUAUGAAGAACACUAAAAAUCUCAAAUUAAAUUAGGGUUCUCAAUUCAAAAAUGAAGCCAAAUCGCAAGUUCAAGAAACAAGACGCAUCAUCUCCUAAACUGCAGCAGCAGCUUCUUUUGGAAGAAAUCAUUGGAUUGACAACGAAGAACGCUAAUGGAUUAGCUUCGAAUGUGUGUACAUCCAGCUGUGCUUACGUGGCAGGCUGCGUGGUGGUUGUUUACAAUGUGGAUUCCGGCAAACAAUCGCAUCUCAUGGUGUCUCAUCGAUCGCCUAAGCCCUUGAGCUGUGUGGCUCUCUCACACGACGGACGUUUUAUUGCUGCUGGAGAGUCAGGGAAUAAACCUACAGUUCUAGUGUGGGACUGUUCAACUUUGGCUUUGAUAUCUGAACUGAAGGAUCACCUAUAUGGAGUUGAAUGUAUCUCUUUUUCGCCUGAUGGGGAGCAUCUUGUAUCUGUUGGGGGCUAUAUCUAUCUUUGGAAUUGGCGGAGUGGGGUGCUGGUAACAAAGCUAAAGGCAAGUUCAUCUUGUUCUGCUGUUACCUCUGUGAGCUUCUCAACUGAUGGCAAAUUCGUCAUUACUGCUGGGAAGAAGCACUUGAAGUUCUGGACAAUUGGAUCAUCUCCUGGGACCCGCUUAAAUAAAGGGACCAUUUCAGUGACAACGCAUGGCAGACCUGUUAAUCUGGGUCCUCAGAAAGGAAGAUCGUUUUCAUCUGUCACAUCUGCAGUGACUAGUAAUGGUCUUGUUAAUAGUAAACAAGCUGGUGAUCCAUUUCCUGUUUAUGCAUUAACUGAUGAAGGUGUUUUAUGCCUCGUGGAUAAUGGGUUAGCAAUACGAAAGUCAGUUGAUCUAAAGGUUGAAAAAGGUUUUGCUCUAUCUGCAUCUGAUAACCUCAUUGCCUGUGCAUGUUGUAACGGAAUUGUACAACUCUUUACUAUUGAGACUCUCAAUUACUCUGGAAGUUUACUAUACUCCCAAACCAAAAGUUGCCAGGGGGAAACUGAUGUUGUCUACCAGAGCAGCACCACUGAAAAAGAUUUUCAACUUAUACCUACUCUUCCUGAUGCUUUAGCUUGUCAAUUUUCUACCUCAGAAAAGUUGGUGGUUAUAUAUGGAGAUCAUUCUCUCUAUGUAUGGGAUAUCCAUGACAUGAAUAAGACCAGGAAGUGUUGUGUGCUAGUUUCACACGCUGCAUGCAUUUGGGAUGUCAAAAACCUUUGUUGCGAAAACAUGCAUGAUCCAUCUCUUGCAUGUGUUGCUAGAGGCUGUCCUGGCGGAGUUUCCUUUGCAACAUGCUCAGCUGAUGGUACUAUUAGGGUCUGGGAUCUAGCUUUGCAACCUGAUUUGGUAGAUAAUGACUCUGGCAGUCAUCUUUUUAAUACAGAAUCAUUGGUUACUAUGCGUUUAGUUAGUGCUGGAAUUUUUGAGCGGAACAUCAUGGAGGCGAGGAUUAGGACUCAGGGGUUUCGCUCAAUGGCUGCUAGCUCAGAUGGGAAGUACCUGGCAGCUGGCGAUUGUGAGGGAAACCUUCACAUCUACAAUCUGGACACAUCUGACUACACUUGUUUUCAGGGUGUCCAUGAUGCAGAGAUCCUUUCGUUGAGCUUCAGUUUGUCAAGCAACAAAUGUGAUUUUUCUAAAGAAGUCGUGGAUGGCAAUUACUUCCUUGCAUCAGGGGGGCGUGAUCGAAUCAUCCAUCUUUUCGAUGUGAAAAGGGAAUUUAAUCUCAUUAAGAGUAUCGAUGACCACUCAGCUGCUGUGACAUCUGUAAAGCUCACUCGUCAGGAAAUUCUAAGUUGCAGCGCUGAUAGGUCUCUCGUGUUCCGAGAUAUUUCCACAGCAGAUGGUGGCCAUAAGAUUUCUCGUCGUCAACAAUUACUAGCAUCUCACGGAACUGUGUAUGACAUGGCUGUAGAUCCAAAUAUUGAGUUUGUUGUAACAGUUGGACAGGAUAAGAAGAUCAAUAUAUUCGACAUUGCUUCUGGGAAGCUAAUGAGAUCGUUCAAGCAGGAUAAAGAUUUUGGAGAUCCAAUAAAGGUCACAGUCGAUCCAAGCUGUAGUUAUUUGGCGUGCUCCUACUCUAACAAGUCUUUGUGCAUCUAUGACGCUAUCAAUGGAGAGAUGGUUGUUCAAGUCAUGGGUCAUAGUGAAGUUAUAACUGGUGUCAUCUUCUUACCUGACUGUAAGCAUAUUGUAUCAGUCGGAGCUGAUGGUUGCAUAUUUGUAUGGAAACUGCCUGCAUUUAUUUCUUCCAAAAUGCUGCAGAGAAUGAUUUCCAAAAACUUGGUCCUGCCAGCUACUCUCAGUCGAAUUUUAAUUUCUGAAGAGGAAGAUCAGGUGUGUGGAAUCGAUAGUCAAGAUGUACUUUUACAGGAGUUUAAUCAAUUUGCAAAAGAAGUGCUUGACCAAGGAGGGGGCCCUCAAAGGACACCAAGAUUUAGAUUUAGCAUUUCAAGACUUCCCAUGUGGGCACAAUCUAAAGUCGCAGACUCGAGUAUCAUAGUGAAUCCUAAUUUCACAUGUUCUCAGCCACAACUGCAAAUAGAGGAAAACAAUCUUUCUCCUAUUAUCACUGGUGAAGGGAAAUAUGGACUUUUCUGCCAUGAAGCUCAGACUCCACCCAGUAUUGGUGUAAGGGGCAAUGCUUCACGACUAAGCAGGCUUUCCAGAAGAUCUCCUGAAAACCACAGCAGCCAAACUUCACCUAUGUCCCCAGAAUCUCUUUGCUAUUUUUCCGGAGACAACCGCUGGCUUCAAGUCUACACUGUAUGUCUUGAUCUACUCGAUUCCCCAGAGUUGAAGUUCCUAAACGAUCUGAAGGUGCCGAACUUGUCAUCCCAUUUAUCACAGAAUCCAGCCCAAAUACAUCCGAAUGGUGAGUGCUCUUUCCAAAAACCAUGUCUGUUAAUGGAUGGUGAACAUGAAGCCCCUUCCAGAAGACGUGUUAGUUCCCAUAAUUAUGGCCUCAUGGGUAAUUAUGAUCAUACAUUUGGCAUGAAUAAUACAAGCACAUUAAAUAAGGCAGUUUCUGCUCACAUGGCAGAGCAACUGAGUUUGCAUAAAUCUGGAAGUCACAUGAAAAAAGCUAUGUCAGUUGAUUACCGCCUUAUGAAGUCUGAAGACAGUGACCAUGUCCUGCAGCAUUUUGGCAAUUUUUCAACGGGCUGCAAGGCGGAAGGAGGUAAUUCAGCAGCGAGAAGAUAUUCCGGACGGUAUUCUGUGAGGCUGGACUAUCCUGGAGAGUGCAAGAAACUCUUUGAUACAACUUCUGGAAACCAGAAUCAGGAGGAAAAGCAUGAGACAAAUUCCUGUAGACAGGAGGAGGCGAAGAACUCCAUGCAGAUUUCAAGUCAUGCUUUACCACAAGCGGAAUCAAUUAAACCCGAAGCCACGGAUCAAAAGAACGUUAUACCUAAUUUGCAGCAGCGAACCAAUGUGUGCAUGGAGGCAUUGCUUCAUUUAGACGUUGCUGCUCAAAAUGUGUUUGAUCUAUUUGCAGAAUUAGAAACUGGAGACUUCAAAGAAGAGAAAUGUGGAGCUAAGCUGUAUGAUGAGGCAAGUAAAGUAGUUCCAACAAUUUCUGAAAAACUAAAUGCAAUUGCAGAACUAGUGCAAUGCAGGAACAAGUCUUCAUGGAAUAGUAUGGUUCAAGUUACAGGAUAUGAGCCUUUAAUCGAAACAUUUGCGGAGAAUUUAUCACAAAGAGUCAUGGAGAUGGUAAAGAAGAACCUCAACAAAGACUAGUUUUGCUUAAAGGUGAUAAAUUGUAAAUACCAAAUAAGUUCUUAGCACUAGGAAUGUAUAAAGCAAAAUGGACCUUUAAGACAUGAAUUUUCCUAGAUUUGUAGAUGACAUGAUUGCAUUGUCCGGUU